UAAAGCUUCCAAAGGUAAGGUCCACAGACGAAGAGACAAUGUCUACUAACGUUGAGGACUCUUCGAAACCCUUCCCGUUCUUCGAUAUGUCGCUAGAGCUUCGAAAGAUGGUUUACCGUCACCUGACCCGAACUGUCAAGAUCCGCGUACGGCCAGAUAGAGGUCCUUAUAUGGAGCUCGAUGCAUUCCCAAUAGCGAAUCUACGUCUCAGCAGUCGCCAGCUGAAGGAUGAGAGUGAUUGCGAGGUAUCCUUAAGCGUUCUAACCGUGGCCGAAAUGCUCCUGCCAUGGAAACAAUAUACGUGGGAUGCUAUUACACCUCCACUUCCAGUGUGGCUUCUCCCGCUCAUUCGAACAGUGAGGGUGGUAGGGUGGCACCGCUCGAGGUAUCCUUACAGUCUCCAUUCAUAUACCUUGCAGAAGGACAGCCUAACGGAAGUAAUGCAAGACUUCUCGCAUAUUACAAACGAUGCUGUCACCUGUAUCCCGGCUCUUCGAAAAGUUCUUAUCGAGCUCAGGUUACCACGUGGAGCCAACGCUGUGCACCCUCCCGGCAGCAACCUCUUCAGCGACUUCGUCAACACGGAGUGGCUCGUGCUCUCACCUGUCUACGAGAUUCAGCGAAAGCUUCUGAUACAAAGCACGAUGUUCUGUGGCUUCCCAGAUGAUCGCUUCUACAAUGGCCUGAACGCGCAAAUGAUGUGCAACGCCAUGAGGUCUAGGGAAAACCUCAUCUUGUACGAAGCGGACCCGAUUCGUGACGAAGAUGGUGAGCCCGCGUUCUUGCUGAAGACACGCUCGGCCGGCACAUUCGACUAUGACCGCUUAGUAGCUCAGGUACGUUGCAUGCUCGCCCGACAGAAUCAGUAAGGCAAAGGCACUGGGAUCCCUGAUACGUGGAGGACAGUGGCCUCGAAGCGCUCUGUAAGCGACGCUGCAGACUCUUGUUCCACGGUCUUCGCGCAGAGAUAAAGCAUGUAUACGAUCUGAGACUGGUGACGCAUUCAUAGUGCGUAGGAAGCGACGAACCACAAUCGUGUCAACAUUCACAGCUUACAAGUAGCAAUGCCUGCUGAAGCAACGUGAAGGCGGUAUGCUGUAGAGAGGAUAGUCCGCUUGAUUGGGAGACCGAACA